AUGUCAUACAACAAUGUGGGCUUGAAAACCGCAAAGGGAUCCUCUACGUCAGGUCACAUCCAGAGAUCUCUGGCUGGUCACAACGACAGUACUCAAAAUUAUAAUAAACGUAAUAAAAGGGUGGAAAGACCUAGGACGCAGGAACCUGCAAGCCAUAGACCAAAGGAUGCCAAGUUAGUAGACCAUUUACAAAGACGUGAAAUUGAAUUACAGGUAUCUGAAUUAAGAGAUCAACUAGAAGACGGUAGCGACGAUGAUGAUGAAACGAUAGAUCGAAAGUGUAACGAACUAAGAGAAAAGUUGACAAAUGCAACGAGGACUGCUUACACUUCAAGGAAGGAGCGUGAGAACGCAAGUGAGCCGAAAUAA